CCUAACCACUGCACCUGAAUAGUUGAGAUUAAAGCUCAAGAGGAAGUCAAAGAGGCACAGCAAUGGUUAGAGACACUGCUGGGAGCAUAAAGCCUCUGGCUGCAUAAAGACCUGCUAGCUUGCUCUCUGCUGUCCCUAUGGAGACAGGCAGCCCUGGGCUGAAUAUGAAGCCCCAGUCACUGCAGCUGAUGCUGGAGGAGCAAGUGCUGGCACUGCAGCAGCAGAUGGCAGAGAACCAGGCUACCUCCUGGAGGAAGCUGAAGAACUCCCAGGAGGCCCAGCAGAGGCAAGCAACCCUCGUGAGGAAGCUACAGGCCAAGGUAUUGCAGUACCGGAGCUGGUGCCAAGAGCUGGAGAGGCAGCUAGAAGCCACUGGAGGACCAAUCCCUCGGCAGUGGGAAUGCAUGGAGGAGCCAAACCUAGAACAGCUGCUAAUCCGCCUGGAAGAGGAGCAACAGAGGUGUGAGAGUCUAGUAGAGGUGAACACUGAGCUUCGGCUGCACAUGGAAAAAGCUGAUGUGGUGAACAAAGCCCUUCGAGAAGAUGUGGAAAAAUUAACAGUAGACUGGAGUCAGGCCAAGGAUGAACUAAUAAGGAAGGAGAACCAGUGGCAGAUGGAACAGGAGUUCUUCAAGGGCUAUCUGAAAGGGGAACAUGGUCGCCUUCUCAGUCUAUGGCGGGAGGUGGUGACCUUCAGACGCCACUUCCUGGAAAUGAAGUCAGCUACUGACAGAGAUCUGAUGGAGCUAAAGGCUGAACAUGCGAGGCUUUCAGGGUCCUUGCUGACAUGUUGUCUGCGUUUGACCAUGGGAGCACAAUCUCGAGAAUCUACUGGAUCUGGGAAAAUGGAUGACAGGGAGCCUGCCCAGCAGCUGCAACUGCUAGCCAAGAUCCAGGAACUGGAGAAGGAAACCCAUGAGAGGAGCCAGGAGUUAAUGCAGCUCAGGAGCCAAGGGGAUCUGGAGAAGGCUGAGCUUCAGGAUCGGGUGACUGAGCUCUCUGCUCUGCUGGCCCAAUCUCAGAAACAAAAUGAAGAUUAUGAAAAGAUGGUAAAGGCUCUGAGAGAGACAAUGGAGAUCCUGGAAACAAAUCAUGCUGAGUUAAUGGAACAUGAAGCAUCUCUUAGUAGGAAUGUCCAAGCGGAGAAGUUGUCUUUGCAGCACUUAAUCAAGGACAUAACUCAGGCUUUGGUGGAAGGAGACAAUAUAGCUCAAGAGUAUGGUCAUGAGAGCUCCCUGCCGUUGGACUCUAGUGGCUUCUCCUCUCAGUUUGACCCCCAGGACCCAGACAAGGCUCUCACUCUGGUGCAUUUGGUGCUGACUCGGAGACACCAGACUAUUCAGGACCUACAGCAGCAGCUUUCAGGCUGCCAGGAGGCUAUGAACUUCUUGCAGCAGCAGCAUGAUCAAUGGGAAGAAGAGGGAAAAAACCUGAAAGAAAGGCUGCAGACACUCACUGGGGAGCGGGACACUCUGGCAGGGCAGACUACUGGCCUUCAGGGAGAGGUGGACUCUCUCAGCAAGGAGCGAGAGCUUCUGCAGAAGGCCAGAGAAGAGCUACAGCAUCAACUGGAGGUGCUAGAGCAGGAGGCAUGGAGACUUCGAACUGCCAAUAUGGAGCUACAGCUGCAGGGUGACACUGCCCAGGGAGAAAAGGAGGAGCAGCAGGAGGAGCUGCAUCUGGCUGUCCGAGAGAGGGAUCGUCUUCAGGAGAUGUUGAUGGGCCUAGAAGCCAAGCAGUCAGAGUCACUCAGUGAACUGAUCACUCUUCGCGAAGCCCUGCAGUCCAGUCGCCUGGAAGGAGACUUACUGAGGCAAGAGCAAGCAGAAGUGACUGCAGCACUGACCAGGGCAGAACAAUCCAUUGCUGAGCUAUCAAGUUCUGAGAACGGCCUGAAGGCAGAGGUAGCUGAUCUUCGGGCUGCUGCUAUCAAGCUCAGUGCCUUAAAUGAGGCUUUGGCCUUAGAUAAACUUAGGCUAAACCAGCAGCUUCUCCAGUUGGAGCAGAGCAACCAGUCUGUGUGCAGCAGAGUGGAGGCAGCAGAACAGGCAAGAAGCUCUUUGCAGGUGGACCUCAAAGAGGCAGAGAGAACUAGGGAAGCCCUAUGGGAAAAGAAGACUCACCUGGAGGUCCAGCUGCAGAAAGCAGAAGGGGCAGGGGCUGAACUACAGGCAGAACUCAAAUGCAUCCAAGAAGAAAAGAAAGAACUCAAAGAAAAAUUAAGUGAGGCACAUCACCAACAGGAAACAGCCACAGCUCAGCUGGAGCAGCUUCAUCAGGAGGCAAAGCGACAGGAAGAAAUACUUACCAGGGCAGUCCAAGAGAAGGAGGCCCUAGUACGGGAGAGAGCAGCUCUAGAGGUGCGGCUGCAGGCUGUGGAACGAGACCGCCAGGAUCUAACUGAACAACUUCUGGGACUUAGCUCAGCCAAGGAGCAACUGGAGAGCAGUCUGUUUGAGGCUCAACAACAGAUUUCUGUAAUAGAGGUCACCAGAGGGCAGCUGGAGGUCCAGAUUCAAACUAUCACUCAAGCUAAGGAAGUAAUCCAAGGGGAGGUAAAGUGCCUGAAGCUGGAACUGGACACAGAAAGAUGCCGGGCAGAGCAGGAACGGGAUGCAGCUGCCCAACAACUGGCCCAGGUUGAGCAAGAGGGACAGACUGCCCUAGAGCAGCAGAAGAUGGCCCACGAGGAAGAAGUAAAUCAACUCAUAGAGAAAUGGAAGAAAGAACGUUCUCUGCACCAGCAGGAGCUGGAUAAGGCUAUGGAGAACCUAAAAAAGGAAAGAAUGGAGCUGGAAAUGAAGCUCAGGGAGCAGCAGACAGAAACCGAGGCUAUCCAAGCACAGAGGGAAGAGGAACGGACCCAGGCAGACAAUGCCCUCUGCCAGAUGCAGCUGGAAACAGAGAAGGAGAGAGUGUCCCUCUUGGAGACACUGCUGCAGACCCAGAAGGAACUUGCAGAUGCCAGCCAACAGCUGGAACGACUAAGGCAAGACAUGAAGGUUCAGAAGUUAAAGGAACAGGAAACUGUUAGUAUGCUACACACUCAACUCCAGGAGGCUCAGCGGGAUCUGACAGUGGCAGCUCAGCGACAUGGAGAAGACCUUGCUGCCCUCCAAGAAAAGGGCAGCACUCUGCUACAGGACAAAAUAAACCUGCAGAAACAGGUGGAAGAUCUGAAGUGUCAGCUGGUGGCCCAGGAUAACUCCUACAGGCUGGUGGAGCAAGAGGUUCAGGAGAAGCUGAAAGAAGCCCAGGAAUAUAGCCGAAUUCAGGAGGAACUAGAGAGAGAGAGAGCCAGCUUGACUCUGUCACUGGUGGAAAAGGAACAGAGACUCAUUGUUUUACAAGAAACUGACAGUGUUCGACAGCAAGAGUUGAACUCCUUGCACCAGGCCACGCAGGAGGCCCAGAAAGGGCAGAAAGAGCUCAGUAUGCAGGUGGAAUUGCUCAAGCAGGAAGUAAAGAAAAGGGAGGCCGACUUUGUGGCCCAGGAAGCACAGCUGCUGGAGGAGCUAGAGGCCUGUCGGAUCACAGAGCAGCAGCUUCGAGCUUCCUUGUGGACCCAGGAAGCCAAGACAACUCAACUGCAGCUACGCCUGCACAGCACUGAGAGCCAGCUGGAGGCUCUGGCAGCAGAGCAGCAGCCUGUGAACCAGGCCCAGGCCCAGCUGGCCAGCCUCUACUCUGUCCUGCAAGAGGCCCUGGGAUCUGUAUAUGAAAGCAGACCUGAACUAAGGGGAGGAGGGGACUCUGCUCCCCCACUCUGGGGCCCAGAGCCAGACCAGAAUGGAGCUAGGAACCUUUUUAAGAGAGGACCCCUCCUGACUGCUUUCUCAGCUGAGGCCGUGGCAUCUGCCCUCCACAAGCUUCACCAAGACCUGUGCAAGACUCAGCAGGCCCGGGAUAAUCUGAGUGACCAGGUCCAGAAGUUGGCCCAGAGUCUAACUAGUGUUGAGGCCGAGAAGAACCAGAUCCAGUCAGAGUUAAAGGACCUGCAGAAACAACUCUUCCAGAACCAGGAAGAGAAAUCCAAGUGGGAAGGAAAACAAAACUGUCUGGAAUCUGAGCUGAAGGACCUGCAUGAGACUGUGGCAUCCUUACAGAGUCGCCUACGGCAGGCAGAGCUGCAAAGAAUGGAUGCUCAGAGUGAGCAAGAUUUACUUCGGGCAGCGAAGGAGAACCUGAUGGCCCAAGUGGACCGCCUGCAAGCAUGUGUUGCAGAAGCCAGGGCCCAAGCAAAUGUGGCUGAGAUUCUGGAAGAAGACCUGCGAACAGCUCGCUCAGCACUGAAACUGAAAAACGAAGAGGUAGAGAGUGAACGGGAAAGAGCUCAGGCUCUGCAAGAGCAGGGAGAGCUGAAGAUGGCUCAGGGCAAGGCUUUGCAGGAGAAUCUGGCUCUACUGGCCCAGACCCUGUCUGAAAGAGAAGGGGAGGUGGAGACUUUGCAGGGAAAAAUCCAGGAACUGGAGAAACAGAGGGAAAUGCAGAAGGCUGCUCUGGAACUGCUGUCUCUGGACCUGAAGAAGAGGAAUCAAGAGGUGGAUCUGCAACAAGAACAGAUUCAGGAGCUGGAGAAGUGUAGAUCUGUCUUAGAACACCUACCUAUGGCUGUGCAGGAGCGAGAGCAGAAGCUGACUGUGCAGAGAGAACAGAUCAAAGAGCUUGAGAAGGACCGAGAGGCCCAGCAAAAUGUCUUGGAGAAUCAACUUCUGGAACUGGAGAAGAAGACCCAAGUGAUUGAGUCACAGAGAGGACAGAUUCAGGAUCUAAAAAAGCAGCUAGUAACUCUGGAACGCCUGGCCGUGGAAGUGGAAGAAAGCCAUCACAAAGUGGAGAGCCUACAGAAGAUGAUUGAGGAGCUGGAGGGGCAGAGGGAAAUGCAGAGGGUGGCCCUGACUCACCUCACACUAGACCUGGAAGAAAGGAGCCAGGAGCUGCAAGUGAAAAGCAGCCAGCUCCAUGAGCAGGAGAGCCACAGCACCCUUCUGGCAAGAAAGCUUCAGGACAGGGACCAGGAGGUAAAGUCCCAGCGCCUACAGAUUGAGGAUCUGCAAAGGCAAAAGGAACAUCUGACUCAGGACCUAGUGCAGAGAGGCCAGGAGCUGAUACUGCAGAAGGAAAGGAUUCAGGUUCUGGAAGAUCAGAGGACAUUGCAGACCAAGAUCUUAGAGGAGGACCUGGAACAGAUCAAACUGUCCUUGAGAGAACAUGGCCGAGAGAUGGCCUCUCAGAGACCCUCAGUACAGGAACGGGUAGAGGAAGCAAAGAGUCCUAGUAAAGCACAGCGCGGGAGCCUAGAGCACAUGAAGCUGAUCCUGCGUGAGAAGGAAAAGGAGGUAGAAUGCCAGCAGGAGCACAUCCAGGAACUUCGAGAGCACAAGGAGCAGCUAGAACAGCAGCUCCAGGGCCUGCAUAGGAAGGUAGGUGAGUCCAACCUGCUACUGACCCAGCAGGAACAAGAGAUAGUGAUCCUACAGCGGCACCUGCAGGAAGCAAAGGAACAAGGGGAACUAAAAGAGCAGUCACUUCAAUGUCAGCUGGAAGAGGCCCAGAGAGCCCUGACCCAAAGGGACCAGGAACUUGAAGCCCUAGAACGAGAACAGCAACAGGCACAGACCCGAGAGGAGAGUCUGAAAGAAAAGGAAAGUGCACUCCAGGCAGCUCUGGAUGAGGCCCACAGGACCCUGAGGGAGCACCAAGGAGAGCUGGAGGAGCAGAGAGAGCAGGUACGAAGACUCCAGGAAGAGCUGGCAGUGGAAGGACGGCAAGUGCAGGCCUUGCAGGAGGUGUUGGGAGAUCUGAGGGCCGAGUCUCGGGAACAGGAAAAGGCUCUACUGGCCCUUCAGCAACAGUGUGCAGAGCAGGUGCAGGAGCAUGAGGCCAAAGCCAGAGCCUUGCAGGACAGCUGCCUCCAAGCAGAAGCCACACUCAAGGAACGGGACCAGGAGCUAGAGGCUCUGCAGGCAGAAAACCAGACCUUUAGGCAGCAGGAGAAGGCUGCAUGGGGUCAGGCAGAGGCUCUGCAGAAGGCCCUCAGCAAAGCCCACACCUCCCUCCAGGAGAAGGAACAGAGUCUCCUUGAGCAGGCCAAAUUGAGCCACAGUCUAGAGGCCAGCAGUACUACUCUGAGAUCCACCCUGGAUGCCUGCCAGGCACAUGCCCGACAGCUGGAGGAGGCCCUGAGGAUUCGAGAAGGUGAGAUUCAAGACCAGGAUCUCAGACAUCAAGAGGACAUGCAGCAGCUCCAGCAGGCGCUUGCCCAGAGGGAUAAAGAGCUGAGGCAGCAAAAGGAACAGGGACAGCUUCUGGAGAAGUCUCUGGCCCAGAGGACUCAAGAGAAGCAGAGUCAGGAGCAAGAAAGAAAAGAGACCAGGGGUCUUCGUGAGAGUUUAAGGAAGCUACAGCUGAUUCUAGCCCAAAAGGAAGAGGAAAUCCUGGAGCUGAGAGGGGCCCAGCAACAGAAAAACAUAGAGGCCUUUUCCCCCAGCUCCAAAGCCUCCCCAGUGGAGGAACCAUCCUCAAAACUAGAUUCUUUAGGGCCCAAGCUGCAGCGGGAGUUGGAGCGACUACAGGUAGCCCUGAGACAGACAGAAGCCAGGGAGAUUGAGUGGAGAGAGAAAGCUCGGGACUUGGCACUGUCCUUAGCCCAGAGCAAAGCCAGUGUCAGCAGUCUGCAAGAAGUAACCAUGUUCCUACAAGCUUCUGUCCUGGAGCAGGAAUCGGAACAGCAAAGACUGCAGGAGGAGCUGGCACUCACCAGACAGACUCUAGAGAAGGAGCGGCUACACAGCCCCUGCUCAGCCUACCCAGCAGAGCAGGAGCCCCGAGCAGAACAGGGAGUACAGCCUGAAGAGGUCUUAGGAGGAGAGGCUGAGCCUAGUCCUUGUAUGGAGGAGAAGCAGUCAUGGAAACAAAGGCUUGAGCAUCUACAGCAAGCGGUGGCACGGCUAGAGAUUGACCGAAGUAGGUUACAGCGCCACAAUGUCCAGCUGCGGAUCACCUUGGAGCAGGUGGAGCGAGAGCGGAGGAAGCUGAAGAGAGAUUCCAUGCGCACAUCUCGAGCUGGGUCCCAGGAGAUCAGUGAAGCCAUGGCCUCUUCACCCAUACAACAGGAUGGUAAAGAAGUACAGAGGGUGUCUUCAGAUGCCAAGCAUGUGAUUGAACUGCAGAAAGAGGUGGCCUUGCUGCGGUCCCAGCUGGCCUUGGAACGGAAGCAGAGGCAGGAUUACAUCGCUCGCUCAGUGCAGACCAGUCGUGAACUAGCAGGCCUGCACCACAGCCUCUCCCACUCACUUCUCACUGUAGCCCAGGCCCCAGAGGCCACUGUCCUAGAGGCUGAGACCCGCAAGCUGGAUGAGUCCCUAACUCAAAGUCUGACAUCCCCCGGACCACCAGUCCUGCCACACCCCAGCCCCAGCACCUCCCAGGUCACCUCCAGGUAGCACCCACAGCCAGGGAAGGAUACAGUCUAGCUUGGUGGCUUACACCCAGAUGACUGUAAAAUGGCUCAUGGGCCCUUCACACAGCUAUAAGAAAGGAUCUGGUAUUGUUCCCCAACCCGACUGCCAUUCCUAGGAAGAGGAUGGAAACCUGCAAGGCUGGAGAAGGCCCCAGCUCAUGUGGGAAUGAGGCAAGUCACCUUUGCCUGCUAACAUACAGUGCCUGGGGAGUGCUUUCUCCUGACCAACAAGACAGCCCUGCUUUCUUAUCACCUGAUGAACCUACUAGAGUCCACACUAGGUCUGGAGGCUCCAGUGAUACACACAGCCUGUGGAUGGUAUAUUGUGAAUAUUCUGCGUGUAUCAAGUGCAGGGAGGUCCAUUUUACUUCCUGUCUGGAAUGUAUUUUCCCAGCACUUCAACAAUAAACCCUGGAUCUGUGCAUUCGU